AUGGCUGGUGCCGUGGUCUCCAAACGAAGUGCGAGACAGUUCCUCGAAGACGAAGGCGGUCAUCCCGCAGAGCAUCCUACCUACCACCCCGCGAGACGCAACUCCAAGCAAGACGAUCCCGUCCCUGUUGAGAUGGCCGACAAGUACCAAACCAAGGGCCCUUCGCGGCAAGGAUCGCGCGAGUCCGUAGCUGGCUCCGACUCUACACUAGAAGGUUCUUUACAGAAGCAGAUCAUGAAAGCGAUCGAAGACGAUUCCCAAACGGCCGCCAUUAUUGGAGAGAAGACAUUGGCCAGGCGUGAGGAUGGACUCCUCAAAGUCAACGACCAGGCGAAAUCGCCUCUGGGCCCUACUAUGUCGCCUGAUAUUGAGCGAGUCUUGCCAAUUGAUGGACGACCAAUUAACUUUGGCGUUGUUGUCCCCGGAGUCUAUCGAAGCAGCUAUCCCAAGCCUGAAGACUUUGGCUUCAUCCGCAAUCUUGGUCUCAAAUCGAUUGUUACCCUUGUCCAAAAAGACGACGUCGAUGAGCCUUACACUGCUUUCAUGUCAAGCAACGGUAUUCGUCACCAUGUCUUUAACAUGAAGGGUACCAAGAAGGAGGCCAUUCCCAUUCGCACAAUGAAGUCAAUCUUGCGGCUUGUUCUGAACCGAGAGCACCACCCCCUCCUCAUUCACUGCAACCAUGGCAAGCAUCGCACUGGCUGUGUCGUUGGCGUGGUUCGCAAGGUGACGGGCUGGGAGCUCAGCACCAUUGUUGAUGAGUACCGGGCAUACGCUGAGCCCAAGAUCAGAGACUGCGACGUUAAGUAUCUCACCGACUUUGAUCUCUCGGAUCUUUCCAACCUGUUUGUCCACGAAGCGAACAUGCGGUUUCGCAUUCGACACUUUAUGAGAGUGACCCUAUUCACUGUCUUUGUCGUCUUCGUCUGGUUCAUCUCGGGGCAUAGAAUGCAGACGACAGCCAGACGCGUCAAAGAAGUGAAGUAA